UUGGUAAACCAAUACUAUAUGCAGAUGACUUAAAAGUGACCUAUAAAUGCAAGAACACAGAUCUCGGAAUAACAUUAAACGCCAUACAGCAAGAAUUAGAAAAAAUGGAUAGAUGGUGUGACACCUGGCAACUCCAGUUUAAUGUCGACAAAUGUGGCUGGCUCUGCAUAGGUUGCAACAAUUUAGAACUUGACCUGACAAUUCAAGGCCAUGCACUUUUACGACUGGAAUCUGUAUUGGACCUAGGACUGAAAUACUCACAUGACUUAUCAUUUUCUGAACAUAUCUCCAAACAAGUGUCAAAGUCACGCAGACUUAUCGGCUUUCUACUCAGGAACUUUUACAGAAAUGAGUCCAGAAUUCUGUUGUACAAGGUUUGUGUGCGUCCUUUAUUUGAUUACUGUUCAUUCAUGUAUAGUAGUAUACGCAUAGAGGACAAAUUGAAAGUCGAGGGAGUGCAGAGGUACUUCACGUCAAAAUUACUCGGAACCGAAAAUGGUGCGAACUACUCCACUAGAUGUGACACCCUAGGAUUAGAAACACUAUGGCUAAGACGCCUGAGACUAAACUUAACACUUUACUAUAAGCUUCUAAACCACUUAGUUUUUACCUCUACUAAUGGCAUUCGACUUUCAGAUGACAGUGGCUACAAACUAAGACACACUAAGGGUACAGUAGCUAUCGAACAAUGUAAAACAGCUACCAGGCAAAAGUUUUACUUGAUUAGGUAUGCACAGAUAUGGAAUAAACUACCAAUGGAAAUGCGUCAAGCAGGUACAUUGGCCUCAUUCAAAAAAGUGCUUAACGACAAACUACAAGAGUUUGCAAACGAUAGUAGUCCUAGUUCCUAUCUGAGAGCCUCCGAAAUUAUAGGUCCAUUUAAUGUAUAAGCUUAAAUACUACACCUGUUGUUUUUUGCCUAUAUUUAUAAUUUUAGAUAAAACAUUAACGAUUAAGAUACUUACCCUCAAAAAGACAAGAAGUUUCGUUUGUAAAACUUCUACCCAACACAAUAAGUGGAAUAAAAUGGACAUAAACCGACAACGUGAAAAAGAUAUAAUUCACCACAACAUCACAU